GAGUGAAAAUCUAGUUAAACGCGGCUUCUGAAAUCAGUUAGCAGCCGCCAAGCCUUCUCCCAAAUCCGGUAAUUUGCAAAUUCCAAAAGGAUGACUGCGCAAUUCCACUGCGUUUAGGCACCAAAAUUUACAAGCAUUUCCAAAUUUUUCGCUCUUCCAGGAACCUCCAAGAACAAAGAAUACAUCCCACCACAAACCCUAACCCUAGAUUCCUUGCAAUCGGCAGCUAAUGGCCAGCGACACUCAAGAUUUGCAUCGCCGCAAGCACCGUCGAUCCCCAUCCGAUGAUGAGGAGUCGGAGAAAUCAUCCAAACGACACAAGCAUCGCCACCAUCGGCACCGCCAUCAUCGCCACCGAAGCAAGAAGAACGCAGAUGGCGUUGAUGAGAUUGCUCCUUCUCCUCCUUCGCAUGCGCUGGAUAAGAAUAGUUCUCGGAACGAUGAUGAUGUGGAGGAAGGAGAGAUUCUUGACGAGGAAUCCAUCGGCGAUAUCAAGGCUGGUGAAUCUGGUGAUCAGUGUGGUGGUUCCAAUCCGGGAAUCAUUAAAUACAUUCAUCGGGUGGGGGAUCUAGUAGUAAAGAGUGACGAAAAGAGUACCGAUAAGAAUUUUGAUAGCAUUGGUUUGCGUAGAAUUUCUAGCCCUGAGCCUCAAGAGCAAUCAUUCUCUAAAGCUGGCUCUGUAGGUCAUAUUAACGAGAAUAGGGGUAGGGAGUCUGGUUCCCCUCCAAAAAAAAGUGUCAAGAAAAAGAGUUACCUGGAGGAUAUGGAGGAGGCUGAUGGCAGCCCAUUGAAUGACUCGAGAAAGUUACUGUCCUCUGACAGCUCUGGGGGAAAGUACAAAGCAUCAGCUAAUUCACCAUUGGAUGAGAGAUAUCAUGAUUGCACUAGGGGUAGAUCAAGAUCGAGUGAUCAUGCCAGAGAUAGAUCUCGUUCAAGGAGCAUAAUGGAUGAGGAAUCCCUUUUAAAAAGACAACGCCGUCAUGAACAGGAUGGGGAUGCUAGUCUGAAUCAACGACAUAGAAGUGGAGACUUGGUAAGGGAUGAGGAAAGGGGACACAGUGUCAGUUACAGCAGAGCAAAGAGUAGGGAGCGGGAGAUAGAUAGAGAUUUAAAAAAGGAGAAGGAGCACGAUUGGAGGAGAGACAGGGAGAUGAUGGACAGGGAAUGGAGAAGGGAAAAAGAUAGAGAGAGGAGUAGAGACAGAGAGAUGGACAGGGAAAGGAGAAGGGAAAAGGGGGGUGAGAGAAGUAGGGACAAAGAGAGAGAAAGGGAAAGGAGAAGGGACAAGGAGAGAGAGAGGAGCCGAGACAGAGAGAUGGAUAAGGAAAGGAGAAAGGACAGGGAAGGAGAGAGCAGCAGAGAGAGGGAUAGGGAAAGGAGCAAAGUUGGACUGAUGGAUAGUGAGAGGAGAAGGGAGAAAGAGCGAGGGAGGAGCAGGGACAGGGAUAUAGACAGUGAAAGGAGAAGGGAGGAGAUUCGAGAGAGGAGCCAGGAUAGGGAGGUGACUAGGGGUGGGAGGCGGGAGAAGGAAAGGGAUAGGAGCGGGGAUAGGGUCAGAGUUAGUGUCAGAGAUGGAGAUAGGAUAAGGGAGAUUGAUGGCCAAUGGAACUGGGAGAGAGACAGGGAGAGGAAAAAUGACAGAAGUAAGGAUAAAGGCAUGAAUAUUGAGAUAGAAAAUGAUAGCUGUGGUGAUCUAGACAGGUAUAAGAAUUCUAAGCACUCAAGACGAGAUGAAACAGAAAGUUAUUGGGACAGAACAAGGAAGAUUGAUCAAGCAAAUGCCCAUGGUCCUUGCAGUGAUUCUUUGGAAGGAGAUGGAGAUAAAUUAAGAAGAGACAAAGAUGAACAUGAGGAUUUUGAAGAAAAAAUCACCUUGAAACUUGCUGAACAGGAAGAGGAAGAACUCAAUAGAAUCAGAGAGGAAAGCAGAAAGCGAAGGCAAGCCAUCUUAGAAAAAUAUAAGAAUCAGCAACUGCAGCAGCAAAAUGAGUCUUGUCUGGAGGAUACGAAGAAAGAUAUUGAACCUACAGAAGGUCACAGCCAAUUCUUGUCUGCAACUGACACUGGUACAAGUGUUGUUGAUGAUGGACAUGAUAGAGGAGCAGAUGUCUAUGUGGCUGACCCUUUAUUGUCUGUGGGGAAGUCACCUACACAAAAUGGGAAAGCUGCUGCUGAGAAAACUGGUGCUGCUGGGCUUGGUGAGGGUACACCAAAGAGCAAAGGAUCAGAUGAGAAGUUCUGUGAUGAUAUAUUUGGGGAAACGCCAGCAAGAGUUCAAAAAUCGGUUAAAGGGGAAGGUUUACCAAUCAUAAGGAGUGGUCUUCAUGACAAUUGGGAUGAUGCUGAAGGAUACUAUAGCUACCGGGUUGGUGAGAUACUAGAUGGUCGGUAUGAAGUAACUGCUGCUCAUGGAAAAGGUGUAUUCUCUACUGUAGUACGUGCCAAGGAUCUUAAGGCUGGUAGCGGAGAUGUUGAUGAAGUGGCUAUAAAGAUCAUACGAAAUAAUGAGACAAUGCACAAGGCUGGUCAAUUAGAGGUUCAAAUAUUAAAGAAACUAGCUGGAGCAGAUCCAGAGAACAAGAGACAUUGUGUUCGUUUCCUUUCAAGUUUCAAGUACAGGAAUCAUCUUUGUUUAGUUUUUGAAUCUCUUCAUAUGAAUCUGCGUGAGGUUCUAAAGAAGUUUGGUCGCAAUAUUGGUCUUAAACUAACUGCUGUCAGGGCUUAUGCGAAGCAGCUUUUUAUUGCGCUUAAGCAUCUUAAGAACUGUGGUGUUCUUCACUGUGAUAUAAAACCCGAUAACAUGCUGGUAAAUGAGGCAAAAAAUGUGCUGAAGCUUUGCGAUUUUGGUAAUGCUAUGUUUGCUGGUAAAAAUGAAAUCACACCAUAUCUUGUGAGCCGCUUUUACCGUGCCCCAGAAAUAAUUCUUGGCUUGCCUUAUGAUCAUCCAAUGGAUAUGUGGUCUGUUGGCUGCUGUUUGUAUGAGCUUUAUACAGGGAAGGUUCUUUUCCCAGGUGCUACGAACAAUGACAUGUUACGCCUUCACAUGGAGUUGAAGGGCCCUUUUCCAAAGAAGAUGCUUCGUAAGGGAGCAUUUACUGAUCAACACUUUGAUCAAGAUCUGAAUUUUCAUGCUACAGAAGAGGAUACUGUUACCAAAAAGACUAUUACAAGGAUGAUUCUCAACAUAAAGCCAAAAGAUAUUGGAUCAAUUAUUCUGGGCUAUCCUGGUGAGGAUCCAAAGAUGCUAGCUAACUUUAAAGAUCUUCUAGAAAAAAAUUUUGUGCUGGAUCCAGAGAAACGGUUAACAGUACAUCAGGCAUUGAAUCAUCCAUUCAUCACGGGCAAGUGAAAUAUGCUGCUGAUUUUGACUCCCGAAAUGCUGUUGCCCUAGAUAUUUUGUACAUUAUGAGCUAACUGAUAUUCAGAUUUCUAAUCCUUGGGAAUUGUCUUUCUUUACUUGUGCUGGCCAUAAAGCUCCAGACACUGUUUUUGGCGUGGUUGAAGUCAAGAGGAUGGUAUUUGAUCAGGAGUACUCUUUACUGGCGAUUCUUUCAGUGGAUUGUACUGUUUAUUGGUAUCAGCUACUACUUUGAGGCAACCCUGCUGUGUUUAAAUGGUUAAAAGGCACCCAGGAGAAGGUAUCUUGGAUUGUUUUUUUGGGAGCUAUUGUGACACUCUUGAAACUGAUUAUUGUGAUUGAUUUUUCAAUGUCUGUUUUCCUUGUAUACAUGGCAGAGUCAUAAUAUUUUUGAUGCUUUCCCAUGGCAUGACAUAUGUGAAGAACAACUGGAAGUUAGAUUUUGGGAUUUAAUAGAUUCUAGAGACACCUGAAUGUCAAUCAGCUAUUAUCCAUGCCUUUGUUGUCUAUGUCAAACUUUGUCUUUUCUGUCUGUCUUGUUGGCCUCUGCUUUUUUACAUAUAUUCGGAUUUCAUUCCAUUUCUUCUUCUUCUUCUUCUUCUGCUUCCUUUUUUGUUCUCUUUGUUCUUCUUCUUCUUCUUCUUUUUCUCUCUUUUGUCUUGGUGGCUUUCAUUUAUAUUUCUCACCUUUAGAAAUAUGAAUUCCUAAUGAAAUUGCAUUACAUUUGAUCCAUGGUUCAAUCAUUUUGGAGGCACUUGCACUGUUGGUGUAGACGUCAGCCCUGAAGUGAGAGCUCAUUUUUGGCAGAAAACUGCAUGCUUCUCAAGUUUAGUAAGUAUUUCCUAUAUGAUCUGACUUUUCUCCCAUGAUACCAUCUAUGAUUUUUAUAUUCACUUUCAUUUGUUCUUGACUAUUUCUGUAGUCCAUGCUAUAUUUUUUCAGUUUCUGCAAGUUUGGUGCUUUUGAUUUCUCUUUUGAUGCUUAUUUGUUGCAUUCUUUUCUUAGACUUUUGCAAAGAUGAUCUGGGUCAUCUGAUGCAAAAAUUUUAAAACAUGAG